AUGGUGCACGAACGGCGGAAAACAAAUGUAGACGAGAACUACCACAUGUGCUUUGGACAAAUACUGGGGAAGUACCAUCCACCACUGACAGAACUUAUUCUAGUUCUUCGAAGCGUAGUUGCAGUUGCGAAAAUAACUCUCUCGAGAAUGGAAGGCUUUUCGAACGAAACGAAGAAACUCCGAAAGAAAGACAGAGUGCGCUGCGAAAAAAUAGAAGGGUCUAUGCCCACACUCGAUAAAGAUUACGUUCAAUAA